GGGGAUGAACCACUUGAUAAUUACCUGUUCUGUUCAUUCCUUCUGAAGCACCUGGCACUGGCCACUGUCGGAAGACAGGAUACUGGGCUAGAUGGACCUUUGGUCUGACCCAGUAUGGUCGUUCUAACGUUCUUAUUUGUGUUUUGGGAAGCCAGUAGUCAAGGUCUAUUUUUUUUAAUGGGUUGGCAUUCAUUAAACUGUUUACAAUUCAGAUUACUUAGCCAUGUUUGUUAUAUUUCAAAUGUCCUCCAUACAGUGUCUUCAGUGUUCUGCUUACAAGAUGGUUGUGAACCAUUCAGCAUGUGUCAGGCUAAUGGGGUUUCUCUAGUUUCUCGGAAUGACUCUUUUGUUACCAUUAAGGAGGCAUUUUGUUCCCAGUGGGGUGAGGUGAUUGCCCUCUGGUCUAAAAAGGCAGAACACUCUCUGUCACCAUCCAAAUAGCUGCUUAAGCUGUUAAACGCUUAUUUUCCCCCUUCCGUUUGGUAUAAUAGUGGUAAUGUUAAUAGAAUGCACUUUUGCUCUCCCCAAAAGUCUGUAACCACAUCAAAAAUUAAUGUCUGCUUUCCCUUGGCAUCCAUUCUCCAGCCUUAUUGACAGCUAACAGAGCACCAACUUCCAUUCUGUAAUAGUUAAACAGCACAUUAGUCUAAGCUAAUUAAAUUUCUCCCUUUCCCCAAGCCCUUUUCUAAUGAAGAAUGACACGGCUUGGAGGAGGAGGAAAUUUUUAGUUGCAUUGUGAUCACUUAACUUUGAGGUACCAGAUAUGAAGGCAAUGGAGAGUAAAAACAUACGCACAGCAGAUCUUCAGAUCUAAUCUUUAGCCAUUUUUCCAAAGGUACCUAUGCGGUCUGUGUCGUUUACACUGUGGCAGCAGUUGUACAGCUUUUCUUGCCAAUAAAGUAUAAUUGAACUGGAUUUGUAGCUCUGCUCUUUAGGCUGUGUAUGCUUAGGGCGGCGUAUAGAGUCCUUACGCUGCAUGUCCCCCUAGCACGGGUAUGAAUGACAAUAUAAAGGUGAGGCACUGCUUAGCCAAGUAGAGUAACAACAAAUCAGAACCUUAGGGUAUAUAGCCUAUAUGGCUCUACCUGCUCACGCUCUGCCUCCCCAAACUUUGCUGUUAUUUUUAGCCGUGUAGUGUCCUGCUGCCUCCCUGCUUCUGGAGCCUUUCCCUGCCACAGUGAAAGGCUGUAUACUGCUGUGUGUAGCUAUAUGUACCAUACACGCCACCAGCAGUGCAGACGAGGCCUUAGUUAAAUUAAAUGGUAAUGGUUGUUAUUUGUAUUUCAGUAGCUCUGGCGGCUCUAACUGAGAUCAGGGCCCCAUGGGACUAGGUGCUGGGGACACACAUAAUGAGAGAGCAAAAAGUUUGCAGUCUAAACGAGUAAGACAGACAAAGAGUGAGGAGGGGAAACGGAGCCACAGAGAAGUGAAGUGACUUGCCUAAGGUUACAAAACGGGGCAGUGACAGAGCCCAGGUUUUCGAACGCCCAGUCUAUCACCUACACCAUGGUGCCUCCCAUUAUAAAUACAAAUGCUUAUAUUUUAAUUUGGACUUAAUGAUUUCCUGUGCUUGUUCUUUUAAGACUUUCUACAGGCUUGCUUUGGAUAUCGUAGUCAUGAACAAGGUGUGCAAGAUAUUCCGGAAGGGACUGAUGGGGUUCAGGGGAUUUCAGUUCAUUGAUAUGACUGCCCAGGAAUCCCUGACCUUUGGUAUGGAAGAAGACAAGAAAUAUACCAAACUGUCCUUCGACCACAAUGAGUUCAAGAUCAGAAAGGAUCACUUUCCUCUCAAGGCAAUCCAGAUAACCAAGAAGAAACCAGAAUGGAGAACUGAGAAGGAAAUAAAGCUGUUACGAAGCUGGUUGCAGUUUGUGGAAAGCUACCGAAAAUAUAGCCUGAAUCUGCAGUUGCUUCUGGCUAAAGUGAUUCGCUUUGAACGGUUUGGACGCAGGAGAGUCAUCAUAAAGAAGGGGCACUGUGGCAACAGUUUCUACUUCAUCUACUUUGGUACUGUUGCCAUUACUGAAGAUGAGGAUGGGAGCAGUGCCUUUACUGACCCAGAUCCAACUUUGCUUCGGAAAGGUGCUGGAUUUGGGGGAAAAUGUGAAGUUUUACGUCUGGUUGAUCUCACUACUUGCCCAUCCUAUCACAAGUGGAUCAGUCAGCAAAUGGAUUUUCCCAAACUCAGUCCUUAUUACUCUGUGGAGACUGACAUCACAGGCAGAAAAAGAUUCAAUAAUUUUAUGUGGAAGUCCUUUCCUGUGCAGGAUCUGAGUAAUCUGAAAUCGAUGUAUGUCCCACCUUUAAAUCCUCAGAAGGAUGAAAAUUUCGAAAGGCAAUACCUGGCUUUAAAUAGGAAAUAUAAAAAUGCACACACAAAGCUGGAGAAAAAGGACAGAGGUGACAGCAGAAGAUAUGAUGACUUCAGUGAUGAUGAGAAAGAAGUCGUUCAGAAAGAAAUAUCAGGGUUGUUCCGGAAGAAGCUAACUGUUCUCACACCACAUGGAGAGAUACCCACUGCUGUUGCCACAGCAAUUUAUACUAGGGUCGAUGAAGUGCAUAAAGGGGAACUCCUGGGGAUAAGCCAGCAUCUUCUACCUGAAGAUAAGCAAGAUAAUCGGAGCAUGGUUUUGGUCAGUCAGGGAGCUCAGGUCAUUCGGUUGAAAAAGGAGAAGUUUGAGGAAUUAGCAGAUCAUACAACAAUAAUGAAAUUACACCAAUUACAGCCGAAAUAUCCCAGUGAUGAUGAGCUGUGUCAAAGCUUUCUGGAACAGAACCACUGGAAAAUAUUCAAGAAAGAUCUGAUGAAUCUUUUCCUGGAGCGAAAACUCAUGAUGAUGGCGGCAAGUUCUCAGCAUGUGAAGCCCAAGAAAGAUAUUUAUAAUUCCUGGAGUGUGAAUCAAGCAGGUAUUCUAGACCUGACCACUACCCACCAUCAUCUUCCAACAGGCAUUCAAGGACUACAGCGCAGAUAUGUCCCUGUCCACAUAGGACAGGGAAAGGAUUCGGAGGGCCUGCCAAAUAUUGAGCUAAGAUUGAUUCAUGGCAUUGCUGUACCACGGCCUAGUUUGAAAGGAUUGUUUUAGUGAGUUUGAGGAAAUUAGGCUGGCAGGUUUAACAGCACAGACGCAG